AGAUAUAAAGAGAGAGUUUUACCUAUUGAAGAAAGUGUUAGAGCUAAAGAGACAGUUGAACCCACUACAGAUAUUAGUACUGCAGCCAAAGAGAGCAAUAGAACUAAAGAAACAGAGAGAGUUAUGCGUACUGCUAAGGGGAGUAAGGGAAGUGUUAGAACUAAAGAAACAACUGUAAGUCCUGCUAAUGCAACUACUGCUAAGAAAAGUGCUAAAGAAUCAGCUGAUUAUCCUACUGCAAAGAAGAGUGUUCAAAGUGCACAUAGAGUUGAUACAAGAAGGAGUGUCAGAACUAAACGUAAAAUGGAAAGAGUUGGACAAUGUACAGUGAAUAAUGGUAUUGCUAAAGAUGCAGUCCCUCCUACUACUUAUGCUACCAAAAGGAGUGUUAAAUCUAAAGUCAAGUCUGAUUGUUCCCUAAAGCAAUGUUCACAUCCUGAUGAGUCUAAUUGGGUCUUUUGUUGCAGCUGCAAACAGUG